ACCACAUGGGUAACCGGAUGAAGAAGACACCAACGUGGUUCGUAGAGAGUUGUUGGACGGUGUCGUAUUUAUCUUACAACUGAAUGUUUCGUAUUAGUCGAAAUGACUGAAAGUAAAGCAGAAACGGCGACGAAGCCGGCGAAAGAGCUGCUGGCGCUGAACCCUAAACAAGAGUCUGAGUUCAAGAAGAAGGUGCAGGAGGUGAAGAAGAAGAAAUCUGGCAAGGCGAGCCAUUUGACCCCAGGAGUGGUUUAUGUCGGCCACCUGCCACUGGGGCUGUUUGAGCCUCAGCUCAAAUCUUACUUCGAGCAGUUCGGGAAGGUCUUGAGGUUGCGGCUUUCCAGGAGUAAAAAGACUGGUGGAAGCAAAGGCUAUGCCUUUGUAGAAUACGAUUGUGAUGAAGUUGCUAAAAUUGUCGCAGAGACCAUGAACAAUUACCUCAUGGGAGAGAGACUCAUCAAAUGUCAUGUGAUUCCACCAGAGAAAGUGCACGAGAAGCUAUUUGUUGGCUCUCAAAGGAAGUUUAAAAAACCCUCACAUCCUGCUGUGGCACGCUACAACAAGAAACGCACGGCCGAGCAGAUCGAGAAGAUGAAAGACAAACUCCUGCGGAAAGAAUCGAAGCUCCGUAAGAGGCUCGCAGCACACGGCAUCGAAUACGACUUCCCGGGAUUUGCUGCCCAGGUGCCUCAGAAGAAAAAGUCCUCAGACUCCAUGAAUGCGUCUACGUGUAGUGAUGACACCACACCGGUCUGCACCCCCUCUCUCCUGGAGAGGAGGAAAUCCAUGGUCGUCGAUGACGAUGAUGCGGAUGACGAGAUUGUCAUUAAGAUUCCAGCUGCAGAGAAAGACGAAGAGUGCUCUUCCUCAGAGGAGGAGGAGGAGGAGGAGGAGGAGGAAGAGGAGGAGGAAGACGACGACGACAGUGAGGAGGAUGAUGACUCAGAGAGUGAGGAAGCCUCUGAAGAGGACGCAGAGGCGAAGUGACAGCCUUCAGUGUUUUAUUGUGGACUUAAGCUGUCAGAGCAGAGAUACAUACAUGAGGAUCGUGUAUGGCCUUCGAUUUUCUUCGAAAGUGACGGGACAACUGAUUGUCAACUGUGUUCAGAAAUCACAGCGCGUCUUUCUGUAUGUGGAAAUCACAUUACUAUUUAGAAAGAAGCCCCUAGGAAAGAUCCCGCUGUAACUGUGUGUAUAUUGUGAGUGUCAUGAAUGCUGCUCACACAAUCAUCAAAAUGAGCCUGAUUUAUGGGCAGCAGUUGUGCCCGGACUUCUAUAACAAAGGCAGUUUUCUAUUUCAGUCUUUGAGCAGACUGUUUGAUUUGCUAACAAGGCUUCGGUGUUGAUAUAAAAUAGCAACACUGCAGCAGUGUUGUGUUCUGCUUUGUAACCACACCUGUCUAAAAGCAAGGUUGAAUUUCCAUGAAUAUUAUGAUGUGUAAUAAAAAAACAAUGUCAGAAUAGUA